GUGUUGAGGUUGGAAGGAGCGCAAAGAUGACGGAGCAUCUGCUGAAGAUCCUGGUGGUUGGCGAUAACGCUGUUGGGAAAUCCUCCUUUGUGGAACGCUACGUCAGCGGGCAUUUCAACAAGGUGUACAAGAUGACCAUUGGAGUGGAUUUUUCUGUGAAGCUGCUGCACUGGUCAGACAAAGAGAAAGUCCGGCUGCAGCUGUGGGACAUCGCAGGCCAGGAGCGUUUCAUAUCCAUGGCAAGGCUCUACUAUAAAGGGGCACAUGGCUGCAUGGUGAUGUUUGAUGUCACCAACUCAUCCAGCUUCCAAAACUGUCGUCGUUGGAAACAAGAGCUGGACAGCAAGGCCACGCUGCCCAAUGGAACGCCCAUCCCCUGCAUCCUGCUGGCCAAUAAGUGUGAUCUGUCUCAGAGGGUUGUGUCAGCUGCCAACAUCAAAGAUUUCAGCAAAGCCAAUGGUUUCAUGACGUGGAUGGAAGUGUCAGUCAAAGAUAACAAGAAUGUUGGAGAAGCUAUAAGGGCAUUGGUGGAAGAGGUUCUAACAGUUCACUCCUUUUUGUACCCACUACAUCCUGAAUCUCAAGACACCGUGAAUCCUCAGCAGGACUCAGAGACCGACUGCAGAAGGACGGGAAGCUGCUGCUGAAACCUUCAUCAGCCAUCAGUGUCACACAAAUUCAGGCUCCACUGGCAAUUUAUGUUCCAAUCCCAGGAGGCUGCAAUCA